AUGAAUUCUGGCUUCGUGAUUGUCCAUGCUGGAGCUGGCUUAUAUUCUAAACGAAGGGAACAUUUAGCAAAGGAUGCGUGCGCUAAGGCGUGUACAAAAGCAAAAAUUGAACUUGCCAAGACUUCUGAUUCAAUUGCAGCGGCAGUAGCUGCUGUAAAGGUGCUCGAAGACAGCCCAAUUUGUAAUGCCGGUACUGGAUCCAAUUUGACUGUCAACGGAGAAGUAGAGUGUGAGGCUGGUUUAAUGGAGUCUCAAACAGGAAUGACGGCAAGCAUAGGUGCAUGCAGAGACUACAAAUAUCCAUCUGAAAUUUGCUUGAGGAUUUUAAAUAAACGAAAGCUUCCUAGAAGUCAUGGUCGAAUACCUCCAGCAAUGAUUGUGAGUCAUGGAGUUGCUGAAUUCUUGAAGGAAGAAGGUAUCUCCAAAAAUCCCAAUGAAGAGUUGAUAACUGAUGGUUCCCGCAAGCAGUAUGAAAAAUGGAAGCAACUUAUUGAAGAAGAUGGAAGUGUACCAUUAUCUCAAGAUACAGUGGGUGCUAUAUGUAUCGAUCCUUCUGGUGAAUUCUGCGUAUGCUGUAGCAGCGGUGGUAUAUUAUUAAAAUCCUCGGGAAGGAUUGGGUCAUCUGCUAUUCCUGGCCAUGGAUUCUGGUUGGAAAGAGAAAUGAAUGAAAAUGGUGUCUCCACCUUUGCAACAUGCAUGACCGGAACAGGUGAACACAUUUCAAACACGAAUCUUGCAUUCAGAUGUUCGAAUGUAAUGUUGCAUACAGAGAAUGAAAUUCAAGACCUGGAACGGCUUAUCCGGGGCUUUUGGGAUCAUCCAAUGUCAAAGUAUAUUCCUAAUCUUUCACUGGGAUUGAUAUUUGCAAAAAUGGAAACGUCUCCUGAAUCCCAACGCUCACGGUUGACAUAUGGCUUUGCAAAUUCCUCACCAGCUAUGGCGAUUGGAUAUAUGAAAACCACUUCGAAAGAGCCCUAUGUCCUUAUUACAAGGAAUCAUGAUAAACCGCAUACAAUCAGUGUUGCCUCUACUCGGAUUUAA